ACACCCUCGCAACCCCCUCUUCACAGAUGCACGUGGUUGCAGAGUGUCUGCCGGGUGAGACCCGAUCUGAGGACAUAUUUGAAGUUAACCUUUAAUGUAGAAACACCUGCAAACGAUGGACAGGAAACGGGGUCUGAACCGAGCUAAGGAUUUCUCCUUCGUCAACCCCUGGAUCAGAUAUUUUCUGUUCUUCUUCAGCUUUGUGUUUUGGGUUUUCUCCUUGUUGAUUGUUGCCGUCGGAGUUUAUGCUAAAAUCCAGAAAGCUACAGACGCAGUGCGGAACACGUUCCUGAUCGACCCGGCUGUCAUCCUAAUUGUGGUGGGGGUGGUCAUGUUCUUCAUCACUUUCUGCGGUUGCAUCGGAGCGCUCCGACAGAACAUUCGCCUCCUCAAGACAUUCUCCCUCAGCCUCACAUUGGUCUUCCUCACUCAGCUGGCCAUCGCAGUUCUGGGCUUCUUCUACUCUGAGCAGACCCGGGAUGCUCUGGGAAAGUUUGUGAAGAAAGCCGUCGUUCACUACAGGGACGACCUGGAUCUGCAGAACCUGAUGGAUCACAUCCAGAAAGAGUUCCAAUGCUGCGGGUGGAACAACUACACAGACUGGUCUUGGAACCUGUACUUUAAUUGUACGCAUGAGAACCCGAGCUCCGAGCGCUGUGCCGUGCCUUACUCCUGCUGCGCUCCUGUUCCUGGAGAGACUGUGAUCAACACAAUGUGCGGCUUCGGGGUUCAAACCAUGAGCCACCUGGAGGCGAACAAGUCCAUCUACGCUGCGGGCUGCAUGGACAAAGCGGCCAUGUGGAUCGAGUCUCACCUCUUGCUGGUGGGGGCUCUCGCCUUGGGCACAGCCUUGCCUCAGAUUGCAGGCAUCGUGCUGUCCCACAUCCUGGUCUCUCAGAUCCAAGAUGAGAUUACCUCCGUGUUGUGAGCGCGGGCCGGCGCCGGGAAAGACAGGAAGAAAAGAACUCGCAGUGCUUGUGCAAGGGCAUCUUUUUUUUUUAUUGCCACUGUAUCACUGCGACAUUGAAUACAUUUUGGAUGUGAACGUG